GCCAUGAAAUCAGCGCAUAGUCCGAAUCCCGCAAAAGAAGUAGUCACCUGAUCAAUGCCCUGGUGAUCAAGAUUCACGUUUGACGUUUCCAAUAAUUUCUUGCCAUAUAAAGUCGCGUAUAACUAAUCGAACAUGGGUAAUGAAAGUUCGCUGCCGAUGGAAUUGUGCUCGAAUUUCGACGCCGAUGAACUCAGGAGGCUUGGAAAACGUUUUCGAAAAUUGGAUCUAGACAAUAGCGGUGCAUUGAGUAUAGACGAAUUUAUGACACUGCCAGAACUCCAACAAAAUCCUUUGGUACAACGUGUUAUCGAGAUAUUUGAUGCCGAUGGUAACGGUGAAGUGGAUUUCAAAGAAUUCAUACAAGGUGUUUCGCAGUUCAGCGUCAAGGGUGAUAAGGAGAGUAAAUUAAGAUUUGCCUUCAGAAUCUAUGACAUGGACAACGACGGUUACAUAAGUAACGGAGAAUUAUUCCAAGUUCUAAAAAUGAUGGUCGGUAAUAAUUUGAAAGACACUCAACUACAGCAAAUCGUCGAUAAAACGAUUUUAUUUGCCGACAAAGAUGAAGAUGGUAAAAUCAGUUUUGAAGAAUUCUGUUCUGUUGUCGGUAAUACGGACAUACACAAGAAGAUGGUAGUCGAUGUCUAAUGAAAGAAAUUCGGUUUAAAAAACGUUGAAAACAAAACCAACAAAAAAAAAAGAAAAAAAAGAGCAUGCUUAGAUCGUAAAAAAAUUUCAUCUUUAUCAAUUAAUUAUUAAUUAUUACGCAUAAUAUAAAUUUAUCACAUAGUAAUAUAGGUAAAAAAGGAAAACAAAUGAUGAAAAAAAGGCGACCGCCGAGUCGGUCCAUCUUGUAACACUGCGCACCGAUGAUGUGUACUCAUCGUCGCAGUGUUCUACGAAGAAAAGUUAUUUACAAAUUGAAUCAUUAUAAGAGUCUAUUACUGCUAUAUUAAUUAUUUAUAAUCUGUUAUGUGUAUAUUUAAAAAAACUACAAGCUUUCUUGAGGUAGGAUCUCGUUCGUUAUUGCCACACUGCUCAGUGUGCGCAAACUUAUAAAAGAAAAAUUCGAAACAACGUUAUUCAAUUCAUUGAUCGAUAUCAUUACACGAAAUAUUAUUAUUUGUAUUAUAUUUCUCCUAAACUUAUACAUACUUACCUUGUACACAUAAUACAUAAUUAUGUAUAUUCUUCGAUAGAGCUGUUGCUUGUCGUUUCUGACUCUUUGCACAUAAAAAAAGCAAAAACAAAAAAAAAUACCGAGAAAAGAAAAGAAAAGCAAAAAAAAACAACUUUUAAUCACAAGUACCUAGCGAAUGCCAAAGACGUGCUGUAAUAAACAACAUCAUGAAAGUUUCUUUUGCAAACAGCAAUAAUAAUAGCCACGUUGUACUUAAAAUCGUUCAAAAUAUAUUAGCGAGUAAUCGAUAUUUGUCUUUUUUACUCACAAAAAAAAAAAUUAAUAAAAAUAAAUAACAAGUAAUAGGAAAACGAAAGAAAAAAAACGAAAAUGCAAAAAAAAAUAAAUAAAUAAUAACUAAAUCAGUCCAACAAAUGUUUACGACAAUUGUUAUAAGGAAAACUCAUAAUUUCAUCGAUAUAUAUAUAUAUAUAACAUGAAAAGUGAUCGUGCUCUUUUUAUAAUAAUAAAAUAAACAAAUUGAAAAAAAAAA